UUGAUGAUACCUUUCCUUUUCCGUUGCAACUCAAUUGUGCUUUUCCGACUGUAUAUAUAUAGAGAGAGGAGAGUGAAAAGGUGAAAGGAACAGGUCCUCUUCUCCAUUCUCCAUUUUUGCAGAUUCUGAAAUUGUGAAGAGAGAAGAAUGAGAGAAGAAUUGGUGGUGCAAGAAGUGUACGUUAGCAAUGAAGAGAGGAACCUCACAGUGCUUAAAACCUCUCUCUUCUUCAACGGAGAUGGUUUCGCUGUAUAUGAUUCCAAGGGUCAACUCGUUUUCCGCUUCGACUCCUAUGGGCCACGCGCACGUGACAAAGACGAGCUUGUUCUCAUGGAUCCCAAUGGCCGUUCUCUUCUUACUCUGCGCCGAAAGAAACCGAGUCUUCAUCAACGGUGGGAAGGGUUCAGAGGGGAGAGAAGGGAGGGAGAUAUAGCCGUUUUCAGCGUGAAGAGAUCGUCGAUCAUCGGACGGUCGAGGACGAGCGUGGCGGUGGAGGUGUACGAUAGGGAUGGUGUGGAGUACCUGAUCGAAGGGUGUUUCCGGCAGCGGUGGUGCAAGGUUUUGAAUGCGGCGAAGGAAGUGGUGGCUGAGAUUCGUCGCAAGGUGGACCCCACCACCAGUGUUAUGCUGGGGAAGGAAGUGUUUUGGCUUUGCGUGAAGCCUGGUUUUGAUGCGGCCUUUGCCAUGGGAUUGGUUUUGGUGCUUGAUGAGAUGAACGGUGAGAAUUACUUUGUGGAUAGAACGGAAGAUCUUGUGGUGCACUCUGCCGCAGAAGAUCCGGGACUAGUUUCACCUCUUCCAGUUUGAGAGAAUUGCGUGUUUUUCUGAUGCUGACGUUAUACUCACUCAUGGUUAGUUGGUUGGAGUGUUCCCUUGAAAAGGGUUUUCUCUCUUUUUUUUUCUUUUUUUUUUUAAGAAAAAAAAGUAAUAAUGAUGAUGUUGUGGAUGAAAUCACUUGCCAAUGUAGUACAUUAUUUUCAUAUGCAAAUAACACAAAGAUAACCUCAUCCUAAA